UCCACAACGCAACGGCUAGGUCGGAAGGAACGACGACGACGACGACGACGACGACGACGGCGGCAGAGCAGAGAUUGGGGAGCGAGAACGAACACAGGACUACACUACAGUACAUUCGUACCUGUUAGAGUGUUAGAAGGGACACCUCCCUCCCUCCAUCUCCCGCCAAACCUCAACCCCCCCCCCAGGAACGAAUUCAAGCCGAUAAACACCCCACGCGACAAACCCGCAGAACACAAACGCCCGACUGCAGCUCCCCGUGGCGCGCCAAGUCUUCCAUGUAGUACCGCCCCAAGUUGCCAACCAUGGCCACGCCCGCUGUCACGUCGCACGACUCGGCGGCGAUCGACAUCCAGCCGCUGGAGGCAUCCUUCAGCAUGUUCGAUUCGAGACCUUCCCUCGACCUGUCAUUCGGCGAUUUCGCCAUCAACAGACUCGAUCCGCGCCUCAGCAUGAUGUCGUUCGGUGGGAGCUUGUCGGGGGAUGACAGACGCAGUAGUGUUGGGUCGGCCCCCGACGAGCCGUCGGCGCAGGAGGAUAAUGUGCGCCAUACUCUACUGUCGCUCGAUGGGGACAAUUUGCAGAAUGAUGGGAGGCGCCAGAGUUUGGCGUCUAUACAAGAAGAACCUACACAAUUCGAUGAGAAUGGCCGCAACCUUACGCCUAUCCGUGAGGAUCCAACCCCCAAGAAAGACAACAAACAAGAUAUUGCGCCAAGCGCCAGCUACCAACCACAGAAGGAAUACGAACACCCCAGUGUUGUGUUCAUCUAUGAGCUUCCGGCGGAGAACUACGAUCUGGAUCCAACACCUGCGCCUACCCCUCCGCAGGAGCUUCCAGCACAGACCAACGAGUCGUCGAGGAACCUUAGGUCUGUGUAUGAUGCAGUCCAGGAUGACAAGCGCCAAAGUGCUGCCUCUACCAACGAGAACGAGAGUCCGACCGAAGCCAAUGGUAGGCGCAUUAGCAUUGUCUCACUUCAUAAAGAUUAUGUCCCAAACGACGAAAUACGCUUAAGCGUCAUUUCAAUCCAUGAGGGUGAUGACGAGCGCCCGGUGACCCAACCACGUGAAACUCAAGUCCCAAAACAUCCAAUUAGGUCAAUGCAAGCAGCAUUUGAGGAAUCUAUGCUCGAUGCCUUUGACAACGACGAUCCUCCUCUGAAGCCUCUCCUCGGCAACGUAGCCGAGAGACGGAGGGCAUUGCUUGGCCAGGACAUCUCUGCAGAGACCCACGCGGGGAAGUGGAAGCAGAAGCCGGGCCAGAGAUAUCAUGAGCUAUGGAAGAUCAUGUCUCAGAUAUCAUUUGGCAUCUACCUCUUACUAAACGGUCUAGCAAGGGACGACGAGCAAGCUCUUACUAUUCUGCAAGGGCACGUGGAUGAGGUUGAUGGCUUUUUAGAGACGACUCUGGAGGAUUUCGAUCUCGCCCAGGAAGAUAUUGAUGGGAGGCUGAAGAACCUCAAGUUGCCUCUGGAGAAUAUUAGCGUUUUUGAAGAUAUGAUGGAGGACAGAGAUUUCAGGAAUCAGAUCGUCUCGGGAAACGAGACUAUUGAGCACAUCAUCAUGCGGACAGCGGCAGCAAUGAAAGAUUCGCUUCGGAACGUCCAGCAAGGGAUGGAAGCAACGAGAGAAGUGGCUGGGUAUAUGGCUCAGGAAAAGGCCCGCCAUCAAUGGCAAACAAAGCGUCCAGAAAUGAGAGAGGUGUUUGAUGCCAUGAAGGGAAAUGCCGAUGGGUGGUACAAGGCAUAUGUGUCCUUGCAGACGAAGGGCAACAAACUUGGCGUAGCACUGGUGCAACUCGGAUCAAUCGCUGCAGAAAUCGAUAAGCGCGCUGGCGAGAUUAGUCGAAAUGCAAGAUUCAGCACCGCCAUGUCACCGCGCCAAUCGAUUAAACCAGCACCCAUCACAUCCCUCCCCGACUCACCGCGCCACUCCUCACGCCCCUCACGCGCAUCCCUCCGCUCGGGACCCUCAACAAGAUCGCGCGCCUCCAUGGCAAAAGAACUCCCCUCAAACCCCAGCUUGAUCACCCCCGCCAUCCGCGCCACCCUCCCCGCCUUCCAACUCGUCCAAGAGCGCGAAGAAUCCCCAGAGCGCGACUCAAGCUCCGUCUCCGACCCCGAGCUCCAGGAGCCACAGUUCCUCACCCUCGAAGCAAGAACUUACACCCCACCACUCUUCACACCACCACCCCUCGCACCACGCGCCUACUCCAACGGCCCACCACCUGGCUCCCGACUCCCUACACCACCCGACGCCCAACAGCGCGUCGAAUCCGCACCGCCUAUCGCGCGCAAACCCUCCCUCCGCGAGCGACUCUCCCUAACGCGCAAAGCUGCGCCAGCACCUCUCCUCAAUAUCCCCCCCCACAACUCCACGCCUAGCCCGGCACACACUCCCGUCCUCCAGAUCCGCCGUCCACCUUCUAACAUGGAUCUCCGCCGCCCUCCACCCCUGCACAGUGGCGCUACUCCCAACUCACCUCGCUCGCCCGCCAACCCCGCUGGUCUGGGUCUCGACUCAGCGUACUACUCCAACCGGAACCGCGUCUCCGUCGUCGGCACCCCAAGCCAGGAGUACCACCAAUUCAUCGCCUCCGCGCAGACACGCCACGACUACGGAUCCACCUACGUCACGACCCCGCGCUCCGAACAGCAGCACUUCCACCCCGUGCAAGCCUCUCCGCACUCCCCCCUCCAACGUCCCUGGACCGCCGCACCAACCCAACGACUUCCUCCAGGCGGCAGUAGUGGGGUGACGUCCGCGCGGUAUAACAGCUACGGCAGCAGUUAUGGGAAUAGUAAUUACAGCGCGGGGGGAGGGAGGGAGAGCAGGAUGAAUGGGAGUGGGAGUGUGUACCCGAGUAAUAUGUCAAGGGUGACCCUGGCGAGCCAGGUGACGGUGGGGGUGGAUGAGCAGGGGAAGAAGGUGAAGAAGAAACGCAGCGGGUUUGGGUGGUUGAAGAAGGCGUUUAGUUUGAGUGAGGAGGAGAAGAGGGAGUUUGAGGAGGCGAGGAGGGGAAGGGAUGUUGUGGAGAAGGAGGGGAGGAGGGAGAGGAUUUUCCUGGAUGGGAAGAGGGUUAACCGUUAGUAAGGGGGGGAUGAAUGAUCGAGGAGGUUGACGAAUCAUCACAUCACACGCACAUAUUUGGAACCCAACCCCCCCCCCCCUUUUUUUUGUCGUCACACCAGCUUCUGCUUCUUUAGCACACCAUCUAUAGCGUCGGCGUUGCCCCCUUUUUUGCUUUUUUAUCACGCUUUAAUCAGCAGAGCUGUGUUAAGUUCUGUUUUUGUUUUGCUUUUCGUUUUCGCUUCGUGUACAACCUAGGGACUAAAAAAGGGAAAAGAUGAGAGGGAUGGGGAUGGCUGGGUGCAUUUGGCUUGAGCUAGGGAGGGGGGAGUUGCUUUUACAUAAUGAGGGGGGGUGGUAAUAUGAUGACGAUGAUGAGGUUAAUUCAUUGCAGCAGUUCGUCUUUAUUUUAGUUAGGUGAAGAAGUCCUGCUGUUGAGCUCCUAGCUCAGGGGUAAUUUCGCUCGCUCCACGAAAAAGCAGAGACGCAAAGAGAACCUCCGACUAUUCAACACAGUAUUCCCAUCUCCAACCCUUAUUAACCUCGCCCCAACUCCUGGCAUGAAAACAGCACCCUUGCACCUUAACUCCUGGCAUGAAAAUGGCACCCGAGCAUCCCAACCAGCCCGACGAGGCACCUUCAUCCCUCUUACAAAAAGCUCACUGGUACCAAGCCCAUCCUUCACACCCAAAUUGGCGGCAUUCGUACGAAGAGAAUGGGAUAUAUGGGCAAACCAACCAUCUCUACUGUGUAUGAAGAAGAGCAUAGAAACAGCAUUACGUGCAGACAACGAUAAGCACAGCUGGAAAGUUACUGUAUCUCGCGAUUUAGUUGACAAUGGCUAGAGGAAUCAUCAAAAUGUUAGCACGCGCAGCCUAGGCUUUCAUUGCACUGUGCUAGGCGUCUCGACUCAUUAC